AUGGAUGAUAAUAAUGAUCAAAUGAUGCAUUCAACUGAUACUGAAUUACUUAGUUCAGAAGAGGAAUUUGAAUAUUCAACAAAUCAACAAUCAACAAUUUCAUUUUCUGCUAUAUCUAAUUUAUUCCUAAAUUCAUGCUAUUACUACUAUGAUUUAUUCAUGCAACAGCUUAUCACACAAUCAUUAUCAAAUCAGCUAUCACUACAACAUCUAACUGCAAUACCACUAUUACAGCUAGCUGAAAUUGAGCAAUUAAUUAAUUCGCAAUUAAUUAGAUCAGAAUAUUCACAGCUAAUUACAUCAUCACAAUUUAUAAGAGAAUUAUUAAAUUCUACAUUAUGGGAUCAAUGGUUAUGCAUAUUAGCUAAAUUAUUAACACCAAAUCAAUGGCAAUUGUAUUGGAUGAAUUAUUUGAUGCAAUUUGGUACAGUUGGCUUACCGCAACAUUUAAUUAACUUUUUUGCAACUGCCACUUCAACUGCAAAUUUAAAUUUCACAUCUAAUUCAGUACUAGCAUUACAAAUGAUGAAAGAAGCUAAUUGGAUGCAUUUACAACAACAAUUUUAUGCAACAACUCAAUCGAGGAGUUCAAAAACAACAUGUCGUCGACUGAAACACCAAAAUCAUAUAGGAAAUGCUAAUUAUCAUAAAGGUUAG